UCGUUCUUGGGACGUGUGUGUGUUUGUGGGAGUAUUGUGACCUAGCUGAGAGACUGGCAACAAACACUACAGGUGCAGCUUGAGCUCAUCGGGGGUUUCCGCAUUAAAAGCGACUGGACUUCACUCCAGCAACACCAAACAGCCAUGCCCUUGAGACCAAGAGCUUCCUCUCAACCUGGAAGAGCAAACACCCUUCCAUCUCUUAAAAACAUCCCGGUUCUGCGCCCGAGAGCUUCGUCGUCUCACUCGAAGUCGCCUUUAGAGGAUGAGCUCUCUUGUCCGGUCUGCUGCGAGAUCUUCACCGAUCCCGUGGUCCUGAAGUGCAGCCACAGUUUCUGCCGGCUCUGCCUUCAUCAGUUCUGGAACAGGAAAGCGGCCAAGAGGGAAUGUCCAGUGUGCAGGAGGAAGAGCUCUCUGACGGAGCCCACCGUGAGCCUGGCUCUGAAGAACGUGUGCGACGCCAUCAUACAGGAGCAGAAAGGACAAGCGUCUGCGAGAGCCGGCUCAAAUACUGCCAACGGGAUGUCCAAAUCGGAGGCUCUUUGUGCCACUCACGGGGAGGGACUCAAAUUGUUCUGCCAACAGGAUGAAGAGGUUCUCUGCUGUGUUUGUCAAACGUCCAAGAAACAUCAAGGCCACAGUGUGUGUCCUUUGGAAGAGGCAGCAAACGAUCUCAAGGAGGAAAUACGGCAGAUUGUCAUCCCACUUAAGAAAAGUCUUAGACUCCUCUAUGAGGCCAAACAAGAAUGUGAUGACAUAACAGUCCACAUCAAGAACCAAAGGGAACAGACAGAGAAACAAAUUCACGAGGAGUUUGCAGAGCUUCAAAAAUUUCUUUUGAAGGAGGAAGCUGCAAGGAUUGCUGUUCUGGCUGAAGAAGAAGAGACAAAGAAGCAGACGAUGAAGAAAAAAACGGACUUAAUCACUCGUGAUAUACUCACCUUUUCACAGGCUAUCAUGGCCAUCGAAAAUGAGAUUGCUAGUGAUGACAGCCUCUUUUUACAGAACUACAAGAAUGUCAAAAUGAGAGCUCAGAUAACAUAUCACGAACCAGAAACCAUCCCCAAAUCUCUAAUCGAUGUCGCGGAGCACAUGACCUCCCUGAAGUUCGGAGUGUGGGAAAAAAUGCAGAGUCUGGUGGAAUUCACUCCAGUGACGUUGGACCCCAACACAGCCUACCCCUGUUUGUCUCUUAGCAAGAAUCUAACAAGUGUGUCCAACACGGGGGUGAUGAAACAGCUGCCUGAUAACCCUGAGCGCUUCGACCACUUUGUUUUUGUACUGGGCUCCAAGGGUUUCACCUCCGGAUGCCAUUCCUGGGAAGUGGACGUGGGCCAAAAUAAUGACUGGGUUAUUGGUGUGGUUAAAGAAUCCAUAGCCAGGAAAGGCAAAAUCUCUGGCUGUCCAGAAGGAGGAUUCUGGACCAUCGCUCUCUCUGAUGGGAAGUACACGGCCAUGACCACCCCGCACACACCACUCAUGCUGAAGGGACACCUGGAGAGGGUUCGCGUGAAGAUCGACUAUGAUGCUGGAGAGGUCAACUUCUUUGACCCAGUGGAUGUGACACCCAUCUACACAUUUAAUGACCACUUUACUGAGAGGAUGUUCCCUUUUUUUUGUCCGGGGGCAAAUAUAAAUGGGAACAAUCCAGGGCCACUUAAGAUCUGCCCUGUGAGUGUGGCAGUUUUGAACAGUGCCUCCUGGUGACCGUUCAACAGCUUUGUGUGUUUUUUACUGCAGCUGUACAGUACCAGUCGAAGGUUUGGACACAAUUACUAUUCAAUCUACUAUUUUCCUGAUAUUAGAAUAAAAUGAAAUCAUAAAAUGGCACCAAAUCUUC